GUUCCUGGUCCCAGUUCGUGCUCUCGUCCUCGUGCCAGUACUGUCAGUGCCAGUCAUUCCACACAGUGCGAGUACGAAUACGAAUACGAGUACGAGAACCGUCGACUCCUGCCAACACUCCCUCCCCCUCCCUCCUUCCACCACCCCGCGUCCCAUUGGUCAUCGUCUUCAGUCUCCGUUACUGUCCCUGUUCCUGACCUAUUCUCCCGUCUCUUCUGUCAUCCCGCCUUCCCUCCGCCCCGCCUCUUCUUCUGCCAACGUCCCCGCCCUCCUGCUCUAGUUCAUCUCCAGCAAAGCCGAGGCUUUCGCUGAACACCCCGGUUAUUCUGCGCUUUCUUCUUGGUCUGACUCUUGUGCAUGCUGUCCAUGAUGGAUAAUCAGGCUUUGCCUGUACCAAUGGAUAUGACUUCCCAUCACUCUUCACAGGACGGUGUAUCCUCCGGCUUUCCUUCUCUCAUACCCGACGAAUCGCUCGCCCAGAACGCGAUGGGUCACCCCUCCCAUGAGUCCAUGUCAAUGUAUUCCAUCCAAGUUGACCCGUCCCAGUCGAUUACCCCGUCCAUGCAAAUAUCCAUGCAAGAUACCUCUUCGAAUCCUCAGUCCCUGACCGCGAUGGACGUCAUGCAGCCAACUGCAUCUACUCGUGCUCCCCCUCCCGGCUAUCUCACAGACUUUCCCGUUCACCCUCCCCCUUCUUUUGGCGUUCUUGGUACGCUUGACAGUCAUCUCACAUUGGCAUCGCCCCCAACAACAGAUUCCGUAGCCGUAUCCGCCAAUCCUUCACCCGCUGUUCAGGGUAUGGCCUCUAGUUUCUCCAUGAGCGGAGUGGCGCCUUCCAGUGCCGGUAUUCCUCACACCAUGCCUCACCUUGAGUCAUCUGCGUCGUCAGGAACGAUGGCAAGUUCAGGAUCUGAACUUGGCUUUUCUCCUCUGAGCAGCGGCCCGCCGACAUCUGGCCAAGAUCCCGGUUUUGUUUUCCCGCCGCCUGAUCUUGGAGACAGUCGUGUUAACCGAGAACAGGGCUCCCCUGAAGGGCCAGCAGACUCCCACCUGAUGGUUGUUGGUUCCAUUCUGAAAAACAUCGCGAGUCAGGCGCAAUCGGCGAGUAACGCGUGCUCCCUCGGGCAAGGGGUUGAAGCUGGUAAUCGGAUUGAGGACAUCAAGAAGACUAUCACCCUUGUAUCAGAUCUUAUCUCUGCCAUCCGCGUCUCAGACGCCCCUCAAGCAUCUCGCCACCCGUCCCCGCGAAGUCUCUCUGCGAACAACAGCGUGUCACCGCCUUCUCUCACCGGAAACGUUGGUUCUAUCAAUGAGCUGCAAUAUCCUGUCCCCCAGUAUUCGCCUAGUCCUAGUGAUCACACUUCUACUGACGGGCAAGCCGGCUUGGAAGCGCCUGAUGGGUCACGCAAGCGCUGUGCUUCCUCUAUGGCUGGCGACCGCGCGAAUAAGUCACUCAAACGCGAACCUCAAGACGACCAUAUUGGUCGGUUCCCGACGCCCCCCACAGUCCGGUCAUCGUGGUCCGAUGGUCCAGCAACUUUUCCGCAACGUCAUCAACACUCGCUGUCGGGAGGAUCGCUUCCUCAGGCAGCGAACUUUCAUCCUCUUUCGAACGCGUCUUUGCCCCAGCUACCGUUCAAUACUGGUACAUCUGUUUCAUCCGAAAAUCAGCCACGUUUGAGUAUGGGAGGAAUUAAUCCCCCUCUAGGCCGCGUUGCCCGGUCGGGCUCCCUGAAUACCGGAAGCACCUUCAGCUUCAACAUGAGCGUACCUGAGGUACCAUCUGCACCAAUGUCUGCGCCAGUCACUGCAGAUUACAUGUCUGCACAACCUGCUCAUGCCCCAUACCCAUUGUCUUAUAGUCCUGUAUCCUCGCCCGAUAGUGAAGGAGACAACGAUUCGGAAGCUGGCGAUCAUUCGCACUCGCUCAGUCCCGAUCCAUCGGACGCCAAUUACAGGGGUGCCUCUGGGAACUCGCAAACCUCAUCACGGCAGGGAAAUUCACUUGUAGGCCGGCAAUCGAUGGAAAACCUGUCGGGAUCCACAGCGGCUCAUAGCAAUGACGUGCCUCAGGAGUACAGACAAGAAGUCGAUCGGAUCUUCUUCGAGUUUCUCAUCAAGACUUGUUCAAACCUGGAUGCUACUGAUGCAAAGGGUGAGCCUAUACACCAGACUCUAAUGGCGAAGAAGAUGCAGCGACUGGAUGAAUCCCCCGACUUCCGCCCCUUCAAGUUUAGGAUUCAGGCAUUCACGAAUGCGUUUUUGGAAGAGUUAGCUAGACAAGGUUAUCCAGAGGAGAAGAUUCCAAUGAAGAAGAUCAGGAACUAUCUGUGGUGUCAACCGUACAUAUCACGUUUCAACGAGGAUGGAAAGAAAACGAAGUCGAAAGGUAACCAUAUUUGGAACAUUGACGCGAAGAAAGCUACGGACGGUGGCUGGACGUUCCGUCCGUUCCACCGCAGGGUUGCUGGCCAGCCCCCUGGCGUGGCUUACGUUGGCCUUCGCUGGUCUUGGACACCCCGCAUCUGGGAUCCACAAGCAUCAAGAUCAAACUUAGUCGUCCAGUAUAGCUCUCCUUCUCUCCCGCCAUGGCUUUCCUGGGAGGACGAUACGCUUUCCGGCACUCCCCCACCAGACGCGGAGAGCUGUGAUAUAACUGUCGAGGCUCGCUUUGAACAAGACGGGCAAGAAGAGCUGCUCUCAGAAACGUUCCGCCUAAACAUUGCCCCGGUGUCAACCCUUGACUCUGCACCGUCAGGAUCCCGCCGUGGUUCUAUGAAUGGCGACAUUCAUAGGCCACGUAGAGUAGUCAGUGAUUCGACUGUCCCUUUGGCACAUUCGACGUCAUCUCGGUCGUUACGUGGUCAAAAUGGAUCGGGUUUGUCAUCUGCAAGCCAUGAGGCACAAGUUGUGCAGGUAUUGACAACAGCCGCACAACGUGUUGCCCAAGAAGCACAAUCCCAAGUUAUAGCUUCGGUUCCCAACGAACCUGGACCGGGCUUCCAGUCACUGGCAAAGCAGCAACACGUGUUGACCGUGACAGCGCAAGUUAUGGGUCAGGAAUAUAGCAGCUCAGAAGGCCCUUCACAGCCCUCUGUCCUUGUUGCUGCUGCGCAGAACCUGGUGGUCCAGGCGGCUCGACAAGUUGCUGUGGACCAUGCUGUAAACCCUGCCACCAGCGGCCUGCCACCAUCCUCAGUCACUGUCAACGAGGUUUCGGUUGCGACUCAGAAUGCUGUCGCUCAGGCUGUGGACAUGAUCGGCCCCCUUUCAAGUGAAGUGGAGAUAGUCAUCACUGCCAGUAAGCUUCUGCAGCAAGGUUCUCCCGUUUCCAUGAUGGAUACCACUCGUCCUCUGAUGUCCAUGGAUGCCUUGAGAUCUCACUCAACCGGUGCGAUUCCAACUUUGUCCGGAGGAAUGCCGGGUGCACCUCCCGUACUUUUCCCGCCAGCCGUUGUUCCUGCAGGCGUGCAGGACUUUGGCCGGUUCUCAUAGCUUGCCGAGAUCUUUGCGAUUGUGCUAUAGCGGUUUUGGGGACUCUAGCGUCACUGUUCUUCGUUUUUCAAAGUGCUCAUUUAUUCCCUUACUUUGGUGAUUUCGUGUCUUCGUAUCUGAUCUCGCUAGACAACUCUUACAUUUGAGCACCAACUGACUGUAAAAAACUAAACAUUAUCUGUAGUACUAUG